UAGUGGCUUCUCACGUGAGUGUGUCUCCGCCAGGGCUGCCGCGUCUCCAGCCCUCGACUCCCGAGCCCCGGCGUCCCCAAGUCCAGGACACUCCCGGAAGGAUGCGCCGCGCUCCGACGGCUUCGGCAGCCCUCAUGCUGUGUGCGGCCACCGCCGGGCUGCUGAGCGCGCAGGGCCGCCCCGCGCCCCCUCCCGAGCCGCCGCGCUUCGCGUCCUGGGACGAGGUGAACGUGCUGGCGCACGGGCUCCUGCAGCUCGGCCACGGGCUGCGCGAGCACGUGGAGCGCACCCGGGGGCAGCUGGGCGCACUGGAGCGGCGUCUGAGCGCCUGCGGAGCAGCUUGCAAGGACUCCGGGGGGUCCGCCGCGCCCCCGCGCGCGCCCGAGGGUCCGGGCCCCAGAGGCGAAGCUGUCCCCGACACUCUCCGCAGCCUGCAGACUCAGCUCAAGACUCAGAACAGCAGGAUUGAGCAACUCGUCCACAAGGUAGCCCAGCAGCAGCGGCAUCUGGAGAAGCAGCACCUGAAAAUACAGAAUCUGCAAAGCCAGGUGGGUCUUCUGGCCCCCACGCACCUGGACCACGGGGUGGCCAAGCCUGCCAGGAAGAAGAGGCUCCCCAAGACGGUGCAGCUCGGGGGCCCUGCUCACAAUAUCAGCCGCCUGCGCAGGCUGCCCAGGGACUGCCAAGAGCUGUUUGACGAGGGAGAGAGGCAGAGUGGACUGUUCCAGAUCCAGCCUCAGGAGUCCCCGCCCUUCCUGGUUAACUGCAAGAUGACCUCCGAUGGAGGCUGGACUGUAAUUCAGAGACGCCAGGAUGGCUCUGUGGACUUUAACCAGCCCUGGGAAGCCUACAAGGCUGGCUUUGGAGAUCCCCAAGGUGAGUUCUGGCUGGGCUUGGAGAAGGUGCACCGCAUCCUGGGGGACCGCGGCAGCCGCCUGGCCGUGCAGCUGCAUGACUGGGAGGGCAACGCUGAGUUGCUGCAGUUCCCUGUCCACCUGGGCGGUGAGGACACCGCCUACAGCCUGCAGCUUACAGCUCCUGUGGCCAGUGAAUUGGGGGCCACCACUGUGGCGCCCAGUGGCCUCUCCCUGCCCUUCUCCACUUGGGAUCAGGACCACGACCUCCGUGGGGACAAGAACUGUGCCAAGAGCCUCUCUGGUGGCUGGUGGUUUGGCACCUGUGGCCAUUCCAACCUCAACGGCCAGUACUUCCGUUCCAUCCCACACCAGCGGCAGCGGCGUAAGAAGGGCAUCUUCUGGAAGACCUGGCGGGGCCGUUACUACCCACUACAGGCCACCACGAUGCUGAUCCAGCCCACAGAGACUGAAGUAGCCUCCUAGCCUCCUCCCUGGGGCCUGGUCUCAGGCUCAUAGAGGAUAGUGACUCUGACUCUGGCCCGGCAUGUGGCCACUCCCUGUCUCGCCAGGGGCUCAAGAUGGGGCCAUCUGGAGCCUUGUGGACAGAGAAGCAGCUCACAAGUGGAGAUGCCCCGUUUUCCGAGUGGGGGAGCUGCAGGUGAUAGAUAUCCUCUGAGGACAGAGCUGUAGGUCUACAGGGCACAGAUUCCUGGAAACAUGAGACUGAGGGGUGUUGAGACCUACUCCUUGCCCGCAUAAGGAGUUGGGGACCUGAAGGGACCACUUGGGGGCAGCCAGGCCAGCCCUCGAAGGCGGAUUCGGUCACAUUGACUGGCUGGGGGACCAGGGCUCCCAUGGGCGCCCAGGGCCCUCACCGUGCUCUGGAGUAUGGGUGCUGUGGGAUGACCCAGCGCCCGGGGUGUCCGGGCAGAGCUUGCAGAAUCCUUGUAAUAAAAGCAACCU